AAUAGCUUCGUGCAGGACGCGCCUGGGGUAGUCAUGGCGAGGCCUGUGAGUGUAGCGCCGGCUACCGCGCGGUCGGCGAGUCUUGGAGGCUCGGGACAGCCGCAGGCGCGGCGGCAGCAGCAGGCUCGGGGACAGCAGCGCUCGGCCUCACGGCCGGGACAGCGCAGCAAAGAAAAGAAGAAAGUGAAUUGCAAGCCUAAGAACCAGGAUGAGCAAGAAAUCCCUUUUCGGCUCCGAGAGAUUAUGAGGAGCCGACAGGAGAUGAAAAAGACGCUAAGUAACAAGAAGAGAAAAAAGGAGGCCCAGGUGGCUUUCAAGAAGACAUUGGAAAAGGAAGCGAAGGGGGAGGAGCCAGACAUUGCUGUCCCCAAGUUCAAGCAAAGGAAGGGGGAGUCUGAUGUGGCCUACGUCCAGCGCAUGGAGCAGGAGGCCCAGCACGUGCUGUUUCUUAGCAAGAACCAGGCCUCUCGGCAGCCAGAGGUGCAGGCAGCUCCCAAGAAGGAGAAGUCCGAGCGGAAGAAAGCGUUCCAGAAGCGACGACUGGAAAAGGCCCAGAGGAAAAGGGAAGCAAGAGCCGUAGACAGAUUGGAGCAGGAGCUACUGAAAGAUACUGUGAAGUUUGGAGAAGUUGUGUUGCAGCCCCCAGAGCUGACAGUUCAGCCCAGGAGGAGCGCAAGCAGAGAUGCUCCUGGCAAGAAAUCACUAAUGCUGAAGAAGAUGCUGUUGGGUCCUGGUGGUGGGUCCCCGGCUCCAGCCACCUCACUGGCCCGCCAGCGGAUCCUGGGGGAAGAGCGGGAACGGGCUGUGCAGGCUUACAGAGCCCUGAAGAAGCUGCAUCGACAGGAAAUGACACCUGCACAGCCACCAGGCAGCUCUUCCCAGAGGCAGGGCCACGCUUAUCUGUGAUGCAGAGACCCAGGGGUCUGAUCCCCUGGAAACUAGUUUGGGAGCUGCUAGACCUGGGUAAGGGAGAGGCAGCGGAUGUUCUCCUUGCAUAGGGUCCUGAGAGUAAGCUUUCAGGUUUGGAAGAGUGUUUUUCCUUCCUCUGAAGGUUGUCCUUAUGAGUGACCACCACACGGUAUCCCAUCUCAUACAGGCACUUGCCUGAGACACAGCUGGAAGGGCUGGUAUUUUCCUUGAGCCUAAGUUCAUUCUAAAACAAGUCUCGGCUGAGACAAGCCAGGACCACUGUAGAAUGGACUCAAUCCCUUAAUCCAGCUAAUUACUGAAGCUGCUGGUGUAGGUCAGACUACACCAAUGUUUUAGGAAGCUCCCACGGGCUUACUGCAACCAUUGGAAGGCAGGGACAGACAGCAAAGCAGGUUAGUGGGCUGUGGAAGGGCAAGUGGGGGCUGGCAGUCAGCACUUUUUUUUAUUUGCCUGCAGGGUUCUGUACAAAUGACCAGAACUCCCAGCCCACGCUUGAUUUGGAUAGAGAGGGGGGGUUUCAGUACUGACUGAGUACCUUGAGGUAUACACAUGAAAACCAGGUUUCAAUGGUGGACAGAGCAGAAUUUUUAUACCAAGAGGGUAGAGGCGAAAGAAUUGGGUGUUCAAAGCCAGUCUUGACUUGAAGCAAAUGUGUGGCCUGCCUGAACAUGUUGAGAGUGUCUCAAAAACCUUACUUAGACAUCAAAAGAGCGAAGCUUGGACACUGCUGCGGAAGCCCACAGUCCUCUAGCAGACCUAGGAGCCUCCGUCUAGCAAAGCUGGUCCUGGAGCCUUUGGUCCCUCUUCCAAAUGUGCAUUUUCCAGAGUGAAGUUUAUUAAAGUUUUGCUCUUUGAAGUCUGGGCCGUUGCUCUCCAACAUGCUUAUCCACAGCCCUAGUCAAUGCGUGUCAAUGUGACAAGAUGAGUGAGUGUGCAGGCACACACCCAACAGUAGCAAGGGCCAGAAUAGAGCAGGAUGCAUCGGCCACUUGAUUUUCCAUUGCGCAUCAGGACUAGGGCCAGGGCCCAGGAGCCACCAUUAUCAGAGUAUGCAGGCUUCUGAGUUCUUUAGAAGCAAUGUGGCCACAUAUCCAAAGCUCAACUGUGAGCUACAUCAAAGGACUCUGGGUAAUUAUCCCUCAGAGCCCAUGCCUAUAUGUGCCCGUGCCUAUAUGUGUCCAUGCCUUUAUGUGCUUGACUCCUCCCACUUUCUGUAAUAUUUAUUAAAGACGCCCACACCCAUGCAUUCAGGGAUUGUCUUCUGAGUGCUGCUUUUUCACAAAAUAUCCCAGCUAAAUGGAUGUUUUCCUGCUGUGCUUAAGCCAUCUCAGAUUGACCUUGGCCAGAAUGAUGUGUGGAGCCACCUGUUUGGCUUCCCCAUUCCUCACUUCUGGUAUGGAAGAUGUGGCAGCUCUUGUUCCCUGCCCACUCCAGGGUCAGGUCUGGUCCCUGUUGCCAUCUUGGAGUCCUGACCCUCAGAACACUAAAUAUUGGCAGGUAAGCUGGAGCCUGUUCACCAUUACAUCAUUACUGAAUAAUUGGUGAUUCAUGUAGACACAUAGGUACAUAUAUGUCUUCAUGUGUGUAAAGGUCUUCAUGGUGUAAGGGGCAGGAGACAUAAGGGCUUCCCCAGCCCUCUCCACUUUGUCCUGGUUGAAAAGCAGGCACCCUGAUGUACUGCUCUGCUGCAGGUUUUUCUCAGCAGAUCUGAGCCUAGAAGAUUAUCACGCUGAUGCACCUGACAAGCUAUCCCAGUAGAAUGUUACCACCUCCUGUGUGCCUUCUCUUGUCCACUUGUGGGACCUCAUAUAUCCCUGUACAUACGAGAAAUAAAAGCUUAUUGAAAAAAA